GGUGAGAAGGGCAUGAAAGUAAUUUGACCUCCCCUGUGUUCUCUUCACCAAAACAGCGGAAAACUCUCUUCUUCCUGCCUUGCAUUCUCAAAGGUUGAAACACCGGCGAAAGUUGCAGAUAAAAUCGACGAAUUUCAACUAAACGUUGAUCAACAGCAAUCCUCGAUUACGGAUUCUCGUUGAUCUAGGCUCAUGGUUUAGUACAAGAUAUUUCGUUUGAAUUUUAUUUCAUAAUCAGAAUGGAUCAUACACGGUCAAACUCUGGCACUGCUGAGGAUAAUGCUGGAAUUCCUGAUGAUUUGCGGUGUAAGAGAUCAGAUGGUAAACAGUGGAGAUGCCAUGCCAUGUCCAUGCCAGACAAAACAGUAUGCGAGAAGCACUACAUUCAGGCAAAGAGAAGAGCUGCAAAUUCAGCAAUGAGAGCCAGUCUUAAGAAAGCAAAGAGGAAAUCGGUAGGUGAAAGCGACAGUUAUUUAGAGAGUAAGAGUGAUGAUAUGGAUUCACCACUUGUGGAUUUCCCCAUAUCAGGCUCAGGGAAUAAACACAAGGAAAAGUUGCCAAAGAAGCAGAUUAGUUAUUCUCCUGAAACACCUUCCUUCAAAAAUUCAUCUGUUCACAUUUCUUCAAAAUCAAAUGAUGAUCCACAAAGAGAUUUGGCAGAGUCUGAAGAGACACCAAGGGCUUACAGGACACCAUCUUCUGUUGCAGAUUCAUCAAAGAGCAGAUCUGAUAAGAUGCAUGGUGCUAGUGCUAUGACGGAAACUUCUGAUGGAAGCUCAGAAUCCUCUGAGGAUACAGGUGGGCAAAUUUGUCAUCAGUGCCGGCGGGAUGACACAGAGAGAAUUGUCUGGUGCCUCAAAUGUGAUAGGAGAGGAUAUUGUGAUGAAUGCAUCGCCACAUGGUAUCCUGACAUUCCAGUUGAAGAAAUUCAUAGAAUUUGCCCCGUAUGUCGAGGUAGCUGUAAUUGCAAGAUGUGUUUACGGGGCGAUAAUAUGAUAAAGGGAAAAAUACGGGAUAUACCUGGCCAAGAGAAGUUGGAGCAUCUUUUUUGUCUUUUGUCUUCGGUGCUUCCUGUGGUUAAGCAGAUCCACUUUGAACAGUGCUCUGAAUUAGAACUGGAAAGAAGGCUUCGAGGAAACAGAAUAGACCUUCCCAGGACGAAGUUAAACGCAGAUGAGCAAAUGUGCUGUGACUUCUGUAGAAUACCCAUAAUUGAUUAUCACCGGCACUGUGAGAAGUGCUCGUAUGAUAUAUGCCUCAGAUGCUGCCAAGAUGUAAGAAAAGCCUCAAAAGAUGGUGGUGAAGCAGAAGUGAGCAGAAAUCUGACUGAUGGGAGAAAUGAAGAUACAGAUCCCCUUGCAAAGCAAGAGAAACCAUUGAAACCAAAAAUGAGACUAUCCAAUAAGCUUUGUGAUUGGAAAGCCAACACUGAUGGAAGUGUUCCAUGCCCGCCAAAGGAACAUGGUGGUUGUGGUAACUCACCCUUGAUGUUAAAACGUAUCUUUAAGAUGAAUUGGGUUGCAAAACUUGUGAAAAAUGUUGAUGAAAUGGUUAGUGGGUGUAAAAUGUAUGACUUCAACCCUCCAAAGAUAGAUGGUGUAAGCAGCACACUAUGCCAGUCUGAAGGAAGAGAGAAUAACAAUGACAAUUUCGUGUAUGCUCCUUCCAGUCAAGAUAUAAAAAGUGAAGGGAUCAAUGAAUUUAGAAAGCAUUGGAUCAAAGGCGAACCUGUUAUAGUGAGAGAGGUUUGUGAUGAAUCAUCAAUGUUGGGCUGGGAUCCUAUGGUCAUGUGGAAAGGAAUUCAAGAGACAACUGAUGAAAGAAUGAAGGACGAUAAUAGAGCUGUGAAGGCUAUAGAUUGCUUAGAUCGCUCUGAGAUAGAUAUUGAACUUGGACAAUUUAUUAGAGGAUACUCUGAGGGUCGCUUACGGGAAGAUCAUCAGCCAGAAAUGUUAGUGCUAAAGAACUGGCCUUCUCCUAGUGCUUCUGAAGAGUUCUUAUUGUACCAGAGACCUGAGUUUAUUAGUAAACUGCCUUUGCUCGAGUAUAUUCAUUCCAAAUGGGGCCUUCUAAAUCUUGCUGCAAAAUUGCCUCAUUACUCUCUGCAGAAUGAUGUAGGGCCUAAGAUCUUGAUUUCUUAUGGAAUGCAUGAUGAACUUGGUCAAGGUGACUCAGUAAACAUGCUCCGUUUCAAUAUGCGUGAUGUGGUAUACCUAUUGGUUCAUACAUGUGAAGUAAAACUACCAGGUUUGCUAAAGACAAAGACUCUGCAGAGACACGGAAGUCUUGGAGAAUCUGAGGUAGCCAAGUCACCAGAAAAGGCACCAGACAAUUUAAGCGAACAAAUGUUACCAAAAUCACCGAUUGCUGAACACAGUACGAAAAAUGACGGGGAGAUAAGUUUAGAUUCAAUUGAAGAUGAUAGAACAGAAAGCCAAGGGAUCAGUAUUACUACAACUACCAUUCCCACCACUACUGAUGAUGAGAAAACUCUUAAAUGUGAAGAUUUAAACAGAAAUUGUGAAGAGACCCUUAGAAAGAGUCAUCCAGGAGCAAUUUGGGACAUCUUCCGCCGUGAGGAUGUUCCAAAGCUGAUCGAGUAUAUGAGAGUUCAUUGGGAGGAAAUUGGUAUGGCUGACAACAUCAUAAAUGAUUCUGUACCAUGGCCUCUUCAUGAAGGAGUGAUAUACCUCAACAUUCAUCAUAAAAGGAAACUAAAGGAAGAAUUUGGUAUAGAGCCAUGGUCAUUUGAGCAGCAAUUAGGGGUUGCUGUAUUCAUCCCUGCUGGAUGUCCUUUCCAAGUGAGGAACCUUCAGUCAUCGGUUCAAUUAGGCCUCGAUUUCCUUUUCCCUGAAAGUCUAGCGGAGGCUGUAAGAUUAGCUGGAGAAAUCCGUGAACUUCCAAAUGACCAUGAUGCAAAGCUUCAGAUGUUAGAGGUUGGCAAGAUUUCUCUAUAUGCAGCAAGUUCAUCCAUUAAAGAAGUUCAAAAAUUGGUGUUGGAUCCAAAGGUUGGUGCCGAGCUCGCUUUUGAAGAUCCAAAUCUAACGAAAUUGGUUUCAAUGAAUCUCGAGAAGAUGACGAAACAACGACAGGUUGCGUGUGCUUGAACUAAUUGAAUUAUUAUAUAAAUUCGCUUCUGGUGCAUGUUUUACAACUAGUCCUAUAUCUUAUGCCAUAAAAAUAUACAAUUAUAGCCUUCAGGAGCU